CACACACAGAGCACAGGCUGCAGCUGGUCCAGGCGUCUGCGCGGUCACAUGACUCCGCCGCCCGCCCACGUGACGGCCAAGAUGGCUGCGCCCGGGGAUACACGGGUGUGAAGGUGAAGGGUGAGCGGCGCCGGGCAGGGUUACAGCACAUGUCAGUCGGCCGGACGCCAUCAUGGGAUCUGUGAGACGUCCUCAGAGUGAAUUUGAGAAGCUCCUACAGUUGAGAUUCACUCAGCUUCCUGCACUUGAUCAGAGUUAUUUCCAGUAUGGGAGUCUGGUGAUAGGGUUAAGCGCAUCUACGUCUGGACUGCUGUGUAACAGGGUCUUCAGAGAAUUGAUGAAGGUCCGGCGGGGCUUCUUGGUUUCCUCUCUCAUUGUUAGCACGUUGCCGCUGUUCCAGACCACGGCCCUCUAUCAUAUGGCUAUACCCAAAGCCAUCAUGGCUGGUAAGAUGAAGUGUUCCCUAUGUAACACUCUGCGUGGCACCUGCAUCGGAACCAUAGUGGGAGGUCUGGGUUCGGCGUCCUUAGCUGCAUUCAUGAGCACAAUAUACUUUCUAAAAUACGACAAGAAGCCGCUGCCCAAUGACGUGUUCCGCUUCUGCAUCAGCCUGUACAGACCAGCCAUUAUCAAGCUGAAGUAUUUCUUCCUAUUUCAAGCCGUCCUCAGUAUGGCGAUCAGCGCUCACUAUUAUGCCCUAUAUGAGAAGAUGCUGAUGAUGCCUCCGGAGGAAGAGGAGCCCAAAUAAUAAACAAGAUUCCUCUUUUUUUUUUACAGUUCCAAAA